AUGGAUUCUGAAAAUUUAGCCAAAACUGUAGAACUUUUGUAUUUAUACAUUUCUUCUACCUGUAAAGAUAAAGACUGUAUAGGUAAGAUUGGUAAGAAAGAUGAAGAUCGAAAGGCUGACGAAGAAAUAUCGAAAUCAGCAGCAAGUAAAGACUCGAAAACAACAAAAACGUCAAAAAAAACGGAACCAUCAGAGAACAUACCCGAUAUACCAAUCAUAAAAACAGAAAUGUACGGCUUAUGCGUUAUUGAUUUAAUUCCACUUUUUCAUGGAGAAACUUCAUUCUCAGAAACUCUAAUUAUAAAACCUAUAAACCAACCCACUAGCACUCCCAAAAAUCAACCAGAAAUUUCUAUUACAAUAGCUACAAAAGACAAUGCCAAGCUUAUCAACAUAACAAACAUUUUAUAUUUCACUGUUGAAUCAAUUUGCAAUGUUCCUUCUUUAAUGCUGGAACAAAUGGAUUGUACAAUUUGUGUAAUGUUACCACUGCACAAUUCGGCUGCUACUCCUACAAUAUUCCAUAACCCCAAAAUUACCACUAGAGAACCUUUUAGUGGGUUGGAACCAAAACGUUGGCCUGGUCUACAUGAUGUUGCCUUUAACGCUAAUACAACCAAAUAUUUCAUUGCUGACAGUUAUGAAGAAAUUACCAAUAAAGAUAAUUUUAACAUCAAAGAAGCUUUCAAGGAAGGUGCUUCAAGAAUCGAGUACAACUAUCUGAAAAGGAAUGUCUUAUACAAAAGUGGCAAAAGUGAGCUUGCAGCACACAUAUCAACUCACAGAGAAAUUGCGUUAGAAAUUUUUUUGACACCCGCAAGUAGAAAGGAUAAAACUUUCGAUGAACAUUUAGAUCGAAGUUCUAUUAGAAGUACAAAAAAUUCUCCACACUUGCAUUUAAUGGCCGUGAUAGACGUUGCAGCUUUAUUGUAUCCAGGAUUUUCUAGACUUCGCAUAGCCACCCCUGUCAAGCUAUUUACUUAUGAAGAAGCUGCCAAGACAGGUUUGCAUGGUUCUUUUUUUUUACCAAAACCUUCCCGUGAUAUGCCAAAUGUUAAAGCGCUUAAAGUCAGAGUAGUGGAUGUGUCUAAGAAAAAUAAAAAGAGUCCGGAGAAAAAAGAAAAAACUCCCAGCAAAAAAGACACUAAAAGUUUAGAUAGUCAACAAUCAGCUAACCUUGAAGAACCUACACAAAAAAUAUGCGAACAAGUUUAUGAUGAAGCUGGAAAACCAUGCUUUAUUAUAAUUGAAAUCGAACUAUUGAAUCCUUUGAAUCCGAAAAUCGACAUUGACGAAUUAAAAACGAAUCUUCACAGUUUACAGCUAGAUGCUCUACAAUCAUCAAGAAGCAUUUUGAGCCAAGAUCCAGCUGAUGAACGUUACGAUUAUACAAUAAAAGAAAUUCUUGAUAAUCUUAAUCAACAAUGGUUGGAAUAUAAUCGAGUUAUAACAACAAUUCCAGUGCCAGAGUUUAAAAUGAAUUUUGUGGAAUAUUUAGUUAGAGUUGGUGCUUAUAAAAGUUAUACUAAUUCCAUUAUUACUUCGGUAAUUUACUUAAUGACCACUAAAUAUAAAUGCAUUGAAUAUUAUUUCAAGUACCACCAUGGAAAUUAUCAUAAUCUUUUAUCGGAACUUUAUGCAGAAUUAAUAGAAAAAUUGCAUAAUACUUUAAAUGUCAUGGUUUGUAAUGAAAUGAGAGCUAAAAAAGUCGACCGUAUAAUUUCAUGGGAUUUAAGUUUUUUCUAUGCUAAAGAAGCAGCAGAAUUGAAAUUGUAUAAAUUAGCCGAAAGAUAUUUCAUGGAUAGAAUUAUUGUUAGUAACGAUACCAAAGAAAAUGCAACUUUUUGGUUUCAUUUUGCCAUAUACAACAUUGAAAUUAAUAAUGUUGAAGAAGCAUUUCGAUGCGUUAGAGAAGCCAUAGCUUUAAAUUGCACCUGCAAAUAUACAUUAUUACUUCUCGGUGUUUUAUUAGCCGAAAAAGAUAAUAGACAAGAUGCAGAAACGUGUUUUCUAAAUACGUUAAUUCUAGACCCGUAUUGGGUUGCAGGUUGGUGCAUUUUGUACUGUUUUUACAAAAAAUGUGACAGGCCUGAUGGUAUGGAAAUGGCCUUGGAUAUGGGAAAGAAGUUAGUCAAAGGAUAUUGCAGUGAUAAAGAACAUUUCGAGACUUUUGAAGAUUUGGCAUGGAGCUGGCAAAAUAUUCCGAAGUCCUUCUUUUUUAAUGCGGCUGUGCUCUUACUGAAAAUGAGGCUCUUUUCUUGGGUGGAGAUGGCAUUGGCAGAAAUUUUAGAGCCAAAUAAUUAUGGAUAUGUUCAGUAUUUGUUGGCGAUUGUAAAUUAUUACAAGAAAGAUUUUGACCAUGCUUUGGAGUGCAAUAACGAAGCUAAAGCAUCAUUGGAGUUAAUUCCUAUGACCUCACAUAUUUUCAUCAUUUGCAUGUGUCUUGCUAGAUAUAGAAAAAUAUUUCCUGAUUGUCAAUUUUCAGAUUGGAUUCAAACGUAUGUUUAG